CAAAUCUGACGAGCGGCCGCGAUGGACAAGGGUGUUCAGAGUCUCACGUUUGAAGAGCUGUCCAUCCUGAAUGAGCGCAAGGAGGAGAUCAAGCAUGACCACAAUGCGUACUUGGAUGGGCAUCCGGAGCUGAAGACCCUCCUGAGCUCGUUCAUGUCUGCCGUCCUCAUUGAGAAGCCAAGCGAUGUGCUAGGCUUCGCCAAAGAUCACUUCGACGCGUUAAAACCCAUCAAGAUAUCGCCGGACCCGUUGGUCGUGACUGGUCCGUCGGGCGUCGGAAAGGGAACGCUGAUCACUCGCCUCCUGGGGAAAUACCCGACUCAAUUUGGGUUCUCGGUCAGCCACACCACCCGUGAUCCACGCAAAGGGGAAGUCGAUGGCGUCGCGUACAACUUCGUCACGGCGGACGAGUUUGAAAGCCACGUGCAAAGUAAUGCGUUUCUCGAAUUCGCCUAUGUGCAUGGCAACGGCUACGGCACGAGCGUACGAGCGGUGGAAGAGGUCCAAACCCAAGAGAAGAUUUGCAUCCUCGACAUCGACAUUCAAGGCGUCCAGCAAGUGAAGAAAUCCUCGUCGAAGAUGAAGUUUCUGUUCAUCGCGCCGCCGUCCAUGUCGGACCUGGAGAAGCGGUUGCGUGGGCGGUAGGCUCCAGUCAGUGUCAUUCAUGAAGAUACAAUGGUGAUGUAGUGGCACCGAGGCCGAAGAAAAGGUGACGCUGCGCCUGGCCAACGCCAAAGCCGAGAUGGACUUUGCAGCCCAAGGCCAUUUCGACAAGGUGCUCGUGAACAACGACUUGGACGAAGCAUUUGCCGAACUCGAAGAAACCAUGGCGGAAUGGUACCCCCAGUUUCGAUUCAAAUAAAGAUAUUGGAACUUUGGUCAAAUAUCUUUAUAUUAUCAAAAAUUGGGGAGGAAUUGCUACA